UAACAUCGUUGCUAAGUAACCGUUAUAUUUAUAAAGGUAUAAACAAAAAAUUUUUAAAAAAACUAAUUUGCUUUCUGACAUACUGAAUACGGAAAUAUUAGAACGAAUAUUAUUAUAAUUGUUUAAAACAGAAUGUCUUUUAAUUACACAUACAAUUAUCCUCAAGUGGCAAGAGAAUCUGGAUUUAAAUUGCGCAAUUACAAAGAUGGACCUUUAGAUUUUCGUUUAAUAGGCUCAUUGGAAGUAGAGCGUAUUUUAAAGGACCAGAGUUUAGAACAUAUUGAUGCUGUGUUAAGUCAUUUAUCGGAAGCACCUUUGGGAUCGAUUUUAGAGUCAAACAUUUUAGAUAGCGGCAUAGCUAAAUAUUUUAUACUUUCACAAUUUUCAGUGCAAUACUUGUUGUUUUGUCGCAAGUUUUUGGAAGAAACGGUAUCAGACUUGAGAGAGUCUCAUGGCGCUUCCCAAAUGGAACUUGUUUCUGUGAAACGAUCCCUAGCAGAAGCUAACAAUGAAAUACUACAGUUGCAUAAGAAAAUAACACAGAUAGAAGCUAUACAUGAAGUUAUAUAUCCUUGUCAUUUGUGCACGAAGAAUUUUGUUAGCAAUGAUGCUCUAAAUUUGCAUAUUUCUCGCAAACACAGCGGAAUUUUCACCAAAACAGAAAUGAAAUCAGAAGCACCACAGUCUUUGUUAAAAGACCGCGAAAAUGAUUUAACUCUAAUAAAUACCAUUAAACUCGAAUUGGAAAUAAAACAUUUAAAAGAGAGACUAAACAAUGCUGAAAGAGAAAUUAAAGAAAAUAACACAGAAUCAAGGGUUAAAAAUGGGUCUACACUUCCUACUGAAGCAUUAGAGAAAUCUGAACAGAUUUCAGUCCAUAGUAUAGGUAUACAAAGUAAUUUAUCCGAAAUAAAAGAAAAAAAUGAUAAUAGCGAUGACGACCUAAGUUCUUCCUCACAAAGUCGACAACAGAUGUAUAUGUUAAAAGAAAAACUGCAAGAAUUUGAAAAGUGGAAAGAAGAACAAAAAAGUCAAAACUCGAAAUUUUUAACUGAAGUUAAUAAUAAAUUGCAGGAACUUGGAUCAGCCCUGGAAUUAACAAGAAGUCAGAUGGAGCAUGAACUUGACAAUGAUAAACAAAACCCUACAUCAUCUGUUAAGGAUUUAGAAAUAUUACUGAGUAAAAAACUUGAAGAUAUAAGUAAAGCAAGUACAGCUAAGCUGGAGGCAGUCAUAAAUAAAAUAGAAAUAUCCUAUAAAGAUAAAUUGGAUCAACUGGAGAGGGAAUUGAUUAAAUUAAAUGAACAGUCUAUUGUGCAGAAGCACAUUAAAUCCAAUGACAAUCAAAUAAAGCGCGAAAAAGAGGAUACAUCGAACCAAUCAAAGGAGGAUCCUUUCCAAACAGUUGAACUAAAUGAUGAAACACCAAACAAAAAAGAAAACCUUGAAAUCACAACAGACAAGAAUCCUGUUAAUGAAACUUCAAUUUCUGAAAGUAAUCAUACUUUCGUAAAACAAAGUAAAUACCCAGAAAAAAUAGAUGCUGAUAAUCGUAUCAAAUCUAUGUCUAGUGGUAUAUCAGAUGAUGGAAGUACAGAUGUUUCAGAUAGUCUUACAGAUGAAGAACAUAAAGAAGAAAUAAAAAACAAUUCGAAUAAAAUCAAUACAAACAAGACACUAGUCAUAUCGAAAAAGGUCGCGAACACUAGGCAACCGCCACCUAAAAUUGUAACAAAAAAGGAAGCAACAAAACUUACAAAUCAACGUCUUUUGGCAUUAGGUGUGAAUAUGAGAACAAAAUCAUUACCAUUAACUUUAAAAAAACGAAUUUCAACGGAACUUAACGAAAAUCGAAACAAGUUGAAACAGGAACAUCCACACUUUUAUGCCACCAGAAACAAAAUAAAAAAAUUUGUAGACAAAUUGUGUUCAACAAAAAUGCCGGAAAAUGCAGAAGCUCUACUAAAAGCAACCAAACCCACCAGAACAAAAGUUCAAGAACAACAAUAUUACAAUGAUGAAAAUUAUGUAUCAGAUGAAAAUGAUGAUUCAUUAGAAGCAUCAACGCCUUUAAACGUAAAUACCACAAUUACAGAAAGCAAACAUUUCAAACAGAGAUUGGAACGCAUAUUAUCAUCUCCGAUAAGGAAACCGGAUGAACAUAUUACUAAAGCAAUAGUACACCCACAGAAUUUAACACAAAAACCAGUACCCAUGCCACGUAAACGUGUUAUGUUCCAUCACCCUGAUCGAGGGGAAGACGUUUAACACUCUUUUUAAGUAUAAGCGAGAGUAAUGAACCAAAAAUGUUAAAACAAUAAAUAAAGCUUCUAGUUUAAAAAGUGUGCUAUUUUAUAAUUACACUAGUUUACGAUAUAAAACCUAUAUGUAUCAUAUCAUAUUUUAAUUAAUCAUCAAGAAAGCAAAUGCUAAAAAAGGGUUAAAUUAGGAGGAAAAACAUUAUUUUUGUAUACAAAAUAAAUUUUAUUUGAUUUUGAUUUUUUAGUUGAUUGUUAGGUUCCCAAAACAGGUGCAAGCACCCAAAAAUCAAUUCAAAUUUUCAAAUAUUUUUCCAUCACUACUGAAAAAGGUUGCUUAACAAAAAUACUUUAUCAACAAAUUUCGACGUAAAAAAAAG